AUGAUCGUCCCUUUCGAUAAACCCCCCUUCGAAAAGUUUCGUGUCAGCCCCAUCGGAGUGGCUACUAGGAAAUUUUCAGAAAUUCAGGACGCUGGCUCCAGAGGUGGACCAAUUCCCAACUCCAGUACCUCACUAUUCAGAAUUAAUAUUCCCGUAACCCACCCAUUAAAACCCCUUCUCGAUGCAUCGCCCUACACUAUCCUCCAAGCAGUUUCUCCCAGAACCCUUCAGUCAUACGUGACAGCGUGGAGAUGCUUCAAGGCAUUCCACCUCUCAUACAACACACCGUUCCCCGAUUUUUCCCUACUUUCAAUCACCUCAUUCGUCUCUUUUCUCAACAGCGUUAAGGGUCUCCAAGUCGGGUCCAUCAAAGGUUACCUGAGUGGUGUCCAAUUUUUCCACAAGCUGAUGUUCGGCACUCCCUUGCCCGAAAUAAGCAAUUCACAAACCUCCCUCCUGAUCAGAGGAAUCCAGCGAUCCCAGCCCACACGUCUCGACUCCAGACAACCCAUAACGUUAGACAUUCUCACAAAAUGUAUCCACACCCUCCGCAGAGGUUACCAGCCUCUUAGUACAGCCCGCACGCUCAAUGCCAUGUUCAUUCUAGCCUUUUUCGGUUUUCUUAGAUGCUCGGAACUCACCAUCUCUUCCAAAUUCGAUCCAAAAAUCAACCCGAACAUCUCAGACCUAACCGUACUCGAUAGCGAAACAAUUUCUUUCUUAAUCAAACAAAGCAAGACAGACCAAGUCAAGAAAGGUCAUUUCAUCUACAUUUUCAAUCUCUCUUCUCCAAUCCAACCAUACCAGUCCAUUUUCGAGUACCUCCGCCUUAGAAAUUCUCAGGCUAAAUUCCCCCACGAACCACUAUUUUUAGACGACUCCAAAAAACCCGUCACUCGCUUCUGGUUCCAAAAACAUCUCAGAUCCGUCCUGCAAUUGUCGGGCAUCGCAGCAAAGAAUUUCUCUAGCCAUUCUUUUCGCAUCGGGGCAGCAACAUCAGCAGCCCAAAAAGGCCUCUCCAUGCAGCAGAUCCAACUCCCGGCCACACAACUUUACCUUUCCGUCUUACGUUCGGAGAGGCUUACCCGUUCGAUGCCGUGA